AUGGGUUGGCCUGCGUAUAAGCCGGAUGGAUCUCCUAUGGUAUUUGCUGCCAACGGAAUUGUGUCACAGCUGGCUCCUAUGCUUGAGUUCUCAAAUGAGUCUGUCGAGGUCUCGGAAACUUUGAGAUACACCUCGCAACCCUACUACAUCUUCGUGAACUACUUAACCUUGAAACCCAGGUUAACUUCGAAAGUAGCCAUGAUGAAUCGCAUUUUAGAUGCUUCUCAAGGAUUUAUCCUCGGUUUGGUAUAUCUCAAAGUGAUUGCUAUCUCCUGUAUAGCUCUGUUUCUUGCCUGCGCAGUCUCCUACCUUCGAACCGCCAAUAAACCCGAGCUCGGCAGUGUUCCUGGACCACGUCUUGCAAGAUGUAGCAACUUAUGGAGAUUACGAAAUUCUGUGUCUGGGCUUGCUCCACAGAACUUUCAGAAAGUCCAUAAGACUUAUGGAAAAGUCGUCCGUACUGGACCAAACCAUAUCUCCAUAUCAGAUCCCUCUAUGAUUCCGGUUAUAUAUGGAAUUUCGAGCAAAUAUUCAAAGUCCGCAUUUUAUAAUACUUUAACACCAACUCUUGAGGACAAGCCUCUGUACAGUAUCUUCUCUACGCAAGAUCCAAAGCACCAUAGAGCCCUGAGAAGUGGUAUAGCACAGAAAUACUCGUUAUCGUCGCUGCUCCAGCUCGAACCACUCGUGGACGAGGUUACGCAGAGCUUUGCUAAAAAAAUGCGAGCUUUUAGCAACCCACCACUAGACGCUUCGCAACCUUAUACAGCCAAAAUUGUCGACAUUGGAGAGUGGCUACAGUUCUAUGCCUUUGACGUGAUCGGUUCUAUCACCUUUAGCAAGACAUUUGGCUUCCUAGACGCAGGCUUUGACUACACUAGAGUUAUUGAGGGGAUAGACUUUGGACUUAAGUACGCCGGGCUCAUUGGGCAAAUUCCAUCCUUCCAUCCAUGGCUGUUUGGAAGCCCAAUGCUGCAGAAGAUUAUAAGUUAUAUCCCAGGCGCAGAAAAAAAGGAUCCGAUACGAACAGUCUUACAGAUGAUAAAAGAUGCCCUAGCAACCGUCGACACAACUUCAAAAGAAACCUCACAUGAGGACUUCCUAACCUUUUUGCAGAAACAGAACGAGAACGGAAGCUCAAAAAUGAGCCAGAAAGAUAUGAUGAACCACUUGUUUGUUAAUCUCCUUGCAGGGAGCGACACGACUGCCAUUUCUCUCCGAUCAAUAUUCUAUUUUUUGAUGAAGAAUCCGCGCACAUUAUCCAAAUUGCAGGCAGAGAUCUUUGCUGCGGAUCAAGCUGGAAUGUUCUCGGAAACUAUCACAUACGCCGAAGCUCAAAAGCACAUCCCUUACCUCGCUCUUGUUAUCAAGGAAUCACUUAGGCUACACCCUGCUGUGGCUCUUAUGUUAGAACGAAUCGUGCCCCAAGGCGGGUUAACGCUUCAUGGGCAUUACUUGCCUGCUGGCACAAUCGUUGGUAUCAACGCAUGGGUUGUUCAUUAUGACGAAGAUGUUUUUGGAGACCAUGUUCAUGAAUUCCGCCCUGAGAGGUGGGAAGAGAGUAAGGACCCAGUGAAGAUCGAGCAACUAAAGAGGAUGGAAAGAAGCUUUUUAGCCGUACGUUAA